CUCCCUUGAGCGACGGAGGGCCUGCCAGCAGUGGCCGCGGUAGCAGCGAUCGGUGAAGCCGUUGGCCUGGCGGCCUCGGCCCGCUGCCAGAACUUAGCUGAAUUUCUUCGGCCAGAAGCUAUGCUACAAGUGAAAAGUUUCUGUCAAGAGGAAUGUAGGAAAAGAAGUGCUUGAUGGUUUACAAAUAAAUUUCCACACAAGGUAGACCUAAAGCCAAGUAAGCUUUCAAUGCAAAUUAGAAGAGCUUGCAGCUAACUCUGGAGCUGUAAGCAUUGGCUUUAUGUGAUCACUUCAUGACAUUUCCUUGUGUUAAGAUGCUGCCCAUUUCUGGGUAAGACCUUAUUUCAAGUGCUGAAUAUUCCUUUUUUUUAAAUGAAGCUUUAGUGAUAAGGAGCUUGCAAGUUUGAGUUUAAUUUUGUGAAGUUGUCCAUCAAGAUAUAGCUGUAGACGCUCCUGCUCUGUGGUCAUUGGGAGAUCCCUUGGAACCACAGGGAGCCCCUCAAAAGGCAGCCAUGGAGAAAAUGGCUAGGGUGACCACUGCUCUUGGUGGCAAUACCAUCACUGGACGGACCAUGUUCUGCCACCUGGAUGCCCCUGCCAAUGCCAUUAGUGUAUGCCGUGAUGCUGCCCAGGUAGUGGUAGCUGGGCGUAACAUCUUUAAGAUCUACUCUAUAGAAGAAGACCAAUUUGUGGAGAAGCUGAACUUGCGUGUUGGCCGCAAGCCAUCCCUGAACUUCAGCUGUGCCGACGUGGUGUGGCACCAGAUGGAUGAGAACUUGUUGGCCACAGCAGCCACCAAUGGCGUCGUCGUGACCUGGAACCUUGGCAAGCCAUCGCGUAACAAGCAGGACCAGCUCUUCACCGAGCACAAACGAACAGUUAACAAGGUGUGCUUCCACCCCACGGAGGUGUACAUGCUUCUCAGUGGCUCCCAGGAUGGCUACAUGAAAUGCUUUGACCUGCGCAAGAAAGAUUCUGUUAGCACAUUCUCAGGUCAAUCAGAAAGUGUGCGUGACGUCCAGUUUAGUAUACGUGAUUACUUUACCUUUGCUGCAACCUUUGAGAAUGGAAAUGUUCAGCUGUGGGACAUCCGCCGGCCUGACCGCUACGAGAGGAUGUUCACAGCCCAUAAUGGGCCCGUAUUCUGUUGCGAUUGGCACCCGGAAGACAGGGGCUGGUUGGCCACAGGGGGCCGAGAUAAGAUGGUAAAGGUCUGGGACAUGAACACCAACCGGGCCAAAGAGAUAUACUGUGUGCAGACAAUAGCCUCUGUGGCAAGGGUCAAGUGGCGGCCUGAAUGCAAACACCACAUUGCCACAUGCUCCAUGAUGGUGGACCACAACAUCUAUGUGUGGGAUGUACGUCGGCCUUUCAUCCCCUCUGCCAUGUUUGAGGAACACAAAGAUGUCACCACAGGGAUUGUGUGGCGUCAUCUCCACGAUCCUUACUUCCUCCUGUCUGGCUCCAAGGACAGCACUCUUUACCAGCAUAUCUUCAAGGAUGCCAUCCAGCCUAUUGACCGGGCUAACCCUGAGGGGCUUUGUUACAGCCUCUUUGGGGACCUGGCAUUUGCUGCCAAGGAGAGCCUCAUCUCCUCUGAUUCUAACCGUAAGCGUGAUCGGCGCCACCCUAUCUUCUUCAAGCGCAAGCUAGACCCCACAGAACAGUUUGAGUUCAUCUCCUCUUCCAGUGCCCUAAGUGUAUUUGAAGCAGACACAGAGUGCGAUGCUGGUAGCAUGGACUGGUUUGUGCGGACCGCCAAGCAGUAUGUGCUGACAGGGAGACCGCUGGCAGAGCUGUGUGACCAUAAUGCCAAAGUGGCCAAAGAGCUCAAGCGCAACCAGGUUGCUCAGACAUGGAACAUGCUCCGAAUUAUUUACUCUAGCCCUAGCACUGUGCCCUCUUCAAACCUUAAUCACAGCAUUGGGAAGAGCAGUUCCAGCCUUCCACUCAUGAACAGCUUUAACUUGAAAGAUAUUCCUUCUGGGAUAGGCAGUGAGUCAAGGAUGGAGAGGAGCAAGGGAGAGAACCGACCUGAAAACAUCCUCAUGGAUUCUUCCUCCACACUGAUCAAUAAUGAUGAGAACGAAGAGACUGAAGGCAGUGAUGUCCCUGCAGAUUAUCUCCUUGGGGAUGUGGAAGGAGAUGAAGAUGACCUGUACAUGAUAGACCAUGAGAAUCCUCACACUGAGGAGCAAGAGUACAUCCUUCCCCAGGAGGCCUUUCCUUUGCGUCAUGAGAUUGUGGACAACCCCUCUGCACUGGAUCACUUACAAGACAAAGCAGACUCCCCACAUGUCAGUGGCAAUGAGGCAGAGACUGUGUCGCUGACACCUGUGGAAUCUUUCUCCCUGAUCUCCAUCUCUCACUCUCUGUAUGACAACCGUUUGCCUGCUGACUUCUUCAGCCCCAUUGUCCGUGACAUGUUGCUCUUCUAUGCUGAGCAGGGGGAUGUGCAGAUGGCGGUGUCUGUACUUAUCGUGUUGGGGGAUCGUAUCCGGAAGGAGAUUGAUGACCAGGCACAGGAACACUGGUACACUUCGUACAUUGACUUGCUGCAGCGCUUCCAGCUGUGGAACAUCUCCAAUGAGGUGAUCAAACUGAGCACGUGCAGAGCCAUCAACUGCCUCAACCAGGCCUCCACCACACUGCACAUCAACUGCAGCAAUUGCAAAAGACCCAUGAGCAACAAAGGCUGGAUUUGUGACAGAUGUCGGCAGUGUGCCAGCAUGUGCGCUGUGUGCCACCAUGUAGUGAAGGGUCUGUUCGUGUGGUGCCAGGGCUGCAGUCAUGGUGGCCACCUGCAGCACAUCAUGAAAUGGCUGGAGACCAGUUCCCAUUGCCCUGCAGGCUGUGGUCACCUCUGCGAAUACACCUGAACCUAAUGGGAGUCUUUUUCCGCUGGAAAGCAAAACCUUGACGCACUGGCUGCUUAGAACUGGCACUGAGCUUUGUUUGUGGGAGGCAUUAGAGGCAUAGUUGCACAAGAGAACUUAGUGAGUAGGAUACUGUGAAGGGAAGGUGACCUUCAUUACUUCACAAAAAGCAGUGACUUUAAACGCUCAGGCGAUUCUUCUUGAAAGCUUCUGGUCACUUAACAUCCUCCCCCUUUUUUACUGCUGCAUAAAUUUUAUUGUUUUGUUAUCACGAUUCUGCACAAACCUACUUCUUAAUGAGCCAAGAUGGCACCAGGAUACACUUUUGAGUUUCAUUCCACUUUUUAUACUGAAUUAAAGGAACACAGUGAACUUUA